UUUUGAACAGAAUACUCAUUGGAGCAAAUGUGACCAAGGCAUUAGCUGAUAAAUUAAACUUAUAUGAGUGAACUGGUAUGUUUUAGCUUUGGAGUUAUAUCAAUUAUUAAACGACUAAUCUACCUAUAAUUUGUUAUUACGUGACACGAGCAAGAGCUAUCACGGCCGAUAAACCAAGUGUCACGUCGUCUUCAGAUCUGUUAUCCUCAUGAUGGACCUUGUUCGCCAGACAAAUUAAUUUGAUAUAUCGCUUUGGACGUAACGAUCUAUUUGUGUAGUUCACGUGGUUCAUCUUAGAUAACAUAACAUAAUUUUCUUAUUAAUUUGUAUUGAGAUCGUUACGAGAACUACAGUUUCCGUAGCAUCCGCAUUUUAAAUCACAAAGAUGAUAAUCGCUUGUGGUGACUGAAGCGAAUCACAUUAUAUUAGCUUGUAGUGACUGAAGCGAAUCAAAAUAUCGCAAAUCCUGAUAGCCACAAAAAAGGAAUACCCUGAAAAUAUUAGACGCUUUGGUUUUAAUUGUUUUCUCAAAGUUUGGAGAUUUCUUAAAUAUGCCAAAGUAAGUGUAUAUGUAGUGCCUAUAUCAAAACCCAUGGAAUCGAUAAUAAUGGGUCUUAUUUUACAACAUGAUAAUAAGACUUACUUAACUAAGCAACAUGCAUGUACAGAAAAAAAAUAUCCGCCAUAUUUACAUUCUGCGCAUGUUUCGGGAACUAUUGUCAUCGCACCAAUGAUUACCCCAUUGUGUAGUUGGACAAGGGGAGCAGAGUCGUCUUGGUAACUGGGUAAAGAAUCAUGAAGUUAAUUGGAUUGCUGGUUCUUGUGGCCUGUGUUUCUACGGUUGGUGGCUUUAGGUUCUCGUCCUCCAGAAGUAAUGAAGGUAGAUUCGCUAAAAUCUUGAGCAGAGUGGAUGCUCAGGCCGAACGUGUGGAUCGACUUAACCAGCAAAUAACUUUCUUGGAAACAAAAUAUGAUAUUCUCCUCAGAAAUUUGGAUUCCGACUUUGAAACCCUGGAAUAUUUAGACGACAAUGUCAAUGACAUUAGACCCAAAAGGUGUCCGGAAGGAGCAAUCGAGUGCGCGAACAACGGGAAGUGUGUCGACCCUCUGUUGGUGUGUGACGGUUUUAAUGACUGUCAAGACGAAUCAGAUGAGAAGGACAAACUUUGCCGUGUCGUUUCAGCAAAGCGACAAUGUGCUGGGCUGCCUACAAAUGGAAGACAAUCACCAAUCAACAUAGACGAAGCUAACACCAAAUGUCUGAAGAAUGGCGACAUACGUGUAUCUAUCCCUUCAAAUACGUGCAAUAGAGUACUUCUGAAGAACAAGGGAGGCCAUACAGCUCAACUGGAACUGGGAAAAUGUGAUUACUCUAUUUCUGGGGGUGGUCUAGUUGGCACAUAUUCUGUCCUCCAAGCCCACUUUCAUUGGGGGAAACAUUUAAAAAAAGGCUCUGAACACACAAUUAACGGACUUCAAUAUCCAUUAGAGAUGCAUAUUGUGACAAAGUUAGCAACUGGAAAAUCAACUUGUGCAGAGCUUGCAGUCUUGGGAUUUUUCUUUGAGAUUUCUAAAGAGCGCAAUCAAGCGUGGGAUGCUCUCAUUGCAGGACUCAAAGACGUUAAAAAAGAAGACCAGGCGACCGUUCUCGAUAAAGUAAACCUUCAAGAACUGAUCACUGGUGAAACCGAUUCAGGAUUCUAUCGCUACUUCGGCUCACUGACAACCAAACCAUUUUCUGAGAUUGUUAUCUGGACACUCUUUAAGGAAACUAUAAAGUUAUCAGCAUCCCAGCUUGCGCAGUUUGAGAAGUUGUUGGAGCAUGGAGGCAAACACCAUAUUGUGAACAAUUUCAGGGAAGUGCAAGACCUAAAUGGAAGAACUGUGUACAAAACAUGUUGAUGGAGAAAAUGAGGAGGUCAGUCUGAAGGUGUAGGAUACAAUAUGAGGAUGAUAAAUAUGGAAUAAGGACAAUAUCAGCAUGGACUUUCUAUAGAGG